CAGUUGCGCGCGCUGUAGCUGUCAGAUAGCGGAGCCAGAGAGAGGACACCAACUGCAGCUUCGUGUGUGUAUCCAUAUCAAACCCCGUCCGUCCCUCGGCGCCUCUUCCCAGGCUUCUCUCUGCUCCCACGGCCGCUCAGCUGCUGGGCGGAACCUGGUCCCGGCGCAGCUUUUAGUCCGAACUUAACGACGGUUCUUUUUGGAGUUUGAUUCGAGAAGACAGAGAGAGAGAGGAGACAUGGCCACGACAACCUGCACGCGAUUCACGGAUGAAUAUCAGCUGUACGAGGAGCUGGGGAAGGGAGCAUUUUCAGUGGUGCGCAGAUGUGUGAAGCUGUCAACAGGACAGGAGUAUGCCGCUAAAAUAAUCAACACCAAAAAGUUAUCUGCUAGAGAUCACCAGAAGCUGGAGCGAGAGGCUCGAAUUUGUCGCCUUUUGAAACACCCCAACAUCGUCCGUCUUCACGACAGUAUAUCAGAGGAGGGCUUCCACUACCUCCUGUUCGACUUGGUUACAGGAGGUGAACUGUUCGAGGACAUCGUAGCCAGAGAGUAUUACAGCGAGGCCGAUGCCAGUCAUUGCAUCCAGCAGAUCCUGGAGGCAGUGCUUCACUGCCAUCAAAUGGGCGUGGUGCACCGGGACCUGAAGCCUGAGAACCUGCUCCUUGCGAGCAAAUGUAAGAACGCCGCAGUGAAGCUUGCUGACUUUGGCCUGGCCAUUGAGGUGCAGGGGGAUCAGCAGGCCUGGUUUGGAUUUGCUGGCACCCCAGGGUACCUGUCCCCUGAGGUAUUGAGAAAGGAGGCAUAUGGCAAACCUGUGGACAUCUGGGCCUGCGGGGUGAUUCUCUACAUCCUGCUGGUGGGUUACCCUCCUUUCUGGGAUGAGGACCAGCACAAGCUGUACCAACAGAUCAAGGCUGGGGCUUAUGAUUUUCCAUCCCCAGAGUGGGACACAGUCACCCCCGAGGCAAAGAACCUGAUCAACCAGAUGCUGACGAUCAACCCAGCCAAGAGGAUCACUGCUCAGGAGGCCCUCAAGCACCCAUGGGUCUGCCAACGGUCCACAGUGGCGUCAAUGAUGCACCGACAGGAGACUGUGGAGUGUCUGAAGAAAUUCAAUGCCAGAAGGAAACUCAAGGGGGCCAUUCUUACUACCAUGCUGGUUUCUCGAAAUUUCUCAGCAGCCAAGACUUUGCUCAACAAAAAGGCAGAUGUUAAGCCCCAGACAAACAGCACCAAAAACAGCAUAGUCACCAGCCCCAAAGGAAACAUCCCGUCACCUGCUCUGGAACCUCAGACAACUGUCAUCCAUAACCCAGUGGACGGGACAAAGGAGUCGUCGGACAGCAGCAACACCACCGUGGAGGACGAGGAUGUGAAAGCUGCUGCAAAGUUCGCCGACCUGCUGGGCUCGGUGCGCAGGGGUUCAGGGCCCGUUCCCGACGGAGAAGGGAGAUCCAGCACUCCGCCUCCCACUGCCCUCUCCACCCCCUCCCCUCCAAACAACCCCGUUGUCCCCAUGCAGAUGUCUCGGCUCACAGACCUGGUAAGCAGCGUUCGCAGGGCACCUCCGGCACCUGCACCUGAACCGUACGCUGCUUCGGCGCCGGUACCCAGCGCCAAGCCCACCCCUUCACCUGCACAUGCCACUCCCCCACCUCCCCCUCACCCUUCCUCUAGUUCUUCCUUGUCUUCCUCUCAGAUUCGCAAACAAGAAAUCAUAAAGAUCACUGAACAGCUGAUAGAGGCCAUCAAUAAUGGAGACUUUGACGCGUAUGCUAAGAUCUGUGACCCUGGACUGACUUCGUUUGAACCGGAGGCACUUGGAAACCUGGUUGAAGGGAUGGAUUUCCACAGAUUCUACUUUGAAAACUUAUUGGCCAAGAACAACAAGCCCAUCCACACCACCAUCCUGAACCCCCAUGUCCACCUGAUCGGCGAGGACGCCGCCUGUAUCGCCUACAUCCGCCUGACUCAGUUCGUUGACAAUCAGGGUCGGCCGCGGUCCACCCAGUCGGAGGAGACUCGUGUCUGGCAUCGCAGAGACAGCAAGUGGCAGAACAUCCACUUCCACUGCUCGGGCGCUCCAGCUGCCCCUCUUCAGUGAGGGUUGAUUGCUUCUGUUGUGUCUGUCGGGAGUGAAGAAGAGGAACAGGAGGAAAUGUGUCCAGUGUUGACUUGAGGGACAGGGUUCAUUGCUCCUCAACAACUAAUAGCCUCCAUUUCUGGACUCCUGUCUUCAAACCCCACACCCCCACCCCAGCAUGCAUCUCUUCUUUUACAACUACUGACCCCCAUCUGCCACCCGCCGAACAGAAAC